AUGGCUAACGAUCCCGUUGUUGCACAAUUGAGACCUGACCAGGUUCAAGAAAUUACAACAGCUUUUAUGGAAUUUGAUAUAAAUCGUAAUAGUUAUAUUACAGCAGUAGAAAUGAAAGAAUGUCUUCGUCGAUCAAACAUUCAAUUUCAAGAUGCUGAAGUAGAUCGUGUUAUGGCUAAUAUGGAUACAAAUCGAGAUGGUACAGUUUCAUAUGAUGAGUACAUGAAAUUUAUGGCUCGUGUUUAUACUGGACAAUUCGAUCAAUUUCAACGUGGACCAGGUCCUAAUCCACCACCACCAGGACCAGUUCCACCCCCACCAGGACAGAAUCCGCCUUAUAAUCAAGGUAGUCAGCCUCCUUACAACCAAGGCAGCCAGCCUCCCUACAAUCAAGGCAGCCAGCCACCCUACAAUCAGGGUAGUCAGCCUCCCUACAACCAAGGCAGCCAGCCUCCCUACAAUCAAGGCAGCCAGCCACCCUACAACCAAGGCAGUCAGCCACCCUACAAUCAAGGCAGCCAACCUCCCUACAAUCAAGGCAGUCAGCCACCCUACAAUCAAGGUAGCCAACCUCCCUACAAUCAAGGCGCUCAGCCACCCUACAAUCAAAACCAACCACCUCCACCCAAUCCUGGCCAACCGCCUUACAAUCCAAGUCAACCACCUUACAAUCCAAGUCAAUCAAACUAUCCACCACCACCACCACCAGCCCCAGGAUCAAACUAUCCUCCACGCAAUUAUUGA